AUAUCAUCGUCUUCUGAGAUACAUUUCUGUGGACGGAAAAGGCUUUAUUCUGAGACUUUUUGUUCAAUUUCCUUAGUUCUCCACUGUGGACCAACACACGUACACGGUGAUAAUGAUUCGUGGAUCUGGCAAGUGGCAGGAGUUGGGAAGUCCAAGAUAACUGAUUCCUAGUCCAAGUAGUAUUGUAACAGAUUCUUGUUGGCAGUGGAUAGUACCAUUUGUGGAGUGUUAGCUCAAAUAUCUGCUAAGUGCUGUGCAUGCAGCAGAGUCCAGCGAUAGUUUUUGGCGUGUGGCCGCGUAAGGUUUCCUUCUUUCUCCCUUUCUGGCCACCAGCUGCACGGCCUGAUGCUGAGGCGAGCUGAGCUUGAAAGAUGGCCGGUAUAGGUGAGUCUGUAAUAGCAACUAGUGCUGCUGGCAGCGCUGAUGCUGACAUCCGCAGCCACGGCGGCUUGCAAGCAGCAACGCGCGGCAAUGGGGCCGUGCUACAGGACAACAAUGCAUCGACAGAGGGAAGGAUGAGAUCGUCGAGCCUUCCUGGUCUGCAAACGUCUGCUGCUGCUGUUCAGGGCAAGAAGAAAACCUUUAUGUCCAGCCUGCGGCGCAAGUUUUCUCGAAACUCUCUGAAGAGGCACCGUCUUGCCGGCUCUCCUACCAACGACGGAUUUACAGUGCCUGCUCUUGCGAUGGCUAAUGGCGUAGAAAAUCAUCAACAACAACAGCAGCCGAAACAACAACAGCAGCUAACGCAGAAUCCUAGUAUCGAGAUGAGUUCAGGAGAAAACCCAUGCGUUGGCGUUCCUGCUGCGCCUGGUGCUGCUCCAGAGGACGGUGGCAGUGGCGCAGCUAAUGAUGGUGACACGAUCAAUGACCGCUCAGCAGGUGUAAUGUGUACGGCUAGCGAUUCUGCUAUUGUCGAUGCAGGCAGAGAGGAUAGGCCACCACUGGCUGCACCAAAGCCUGCCUCCAUGCUGCCAUCUCGCCUGGAGCUGGGACCAAAGCCUCCCAGUGUGCAGAGCAGGCCCACAUGCACAGCAGCCAUGACCAGCACCACCACCACGGUGGCAAGUGACUCCAGCCGACGGAGACACACGCCUGCUGCCGGCGGUGGUGUGUACGCUGCUCUACCGAGCGCCGAGGACAAUGUCUAUGAGAACACCGAGGCACUUGUGAACGCGUUUGGUCCGAUGAGAGACAUAGGCGAGUGGUACUCCGUGUACCACCAGUAUCAACGCCAGAGACGCAGCUCGCAGUGGGAGAGCACAGUUGAAUCAACUUCCGAGUACGCACACCCCGAUGAGCCUGCAGCGUUCAGUCUUCCCGGCCAGCUCAGCUUAGAAGGACCCGCCGCGCAACCAGCUGCGUUCAAUAUACCCAAUCGCCAUGGCAUACGGUUGAUGAACACCGCACCGAAUGCUAGACAGGAUGAUGGCGUUUACGAAACACUGCCCCCGUCAAGCGGCGAGGGCAUGAGUGCGGAAGCGUCUCUCAGCAACAAUGUACGCGAGCUAGCGCAGUACAGCUGGUACUGGGGUCCAGUGAGUCGGCAAGAGGCGGAAGGUCUGCUGAGAGGUCAGAAGGAUGGUACGUUUCUGGUUAGAGACAGCUCGGACGACCGCUAUCUGAUCAGUCUGACAUUUCGCUCACAGGGUCGCACCCUGCACACGCGCAUCGAGCACCAUCUUGGCAGGUUCAGUUUUUAUCCAUUCAACACGGGUAACUAUGACGAUGGAGUCAGUUCCGUAGUUGAGCUUGUCGAACGCUCAAUGGUUGACUCGCGCGACGGUGCCUUCUGCUUCUCCCGUCAGCGGUAUCCAGACGCCCCAUCGAUCCCAGUGCGGCUGACUGCACCGUACUCACGCCGCUGUGUUGUGCGUAGUCUGCAGCACAUAUGCCGAUUCGUCAUUCGCCAGCACACUCGAUACGACCACCUCACGGAGCUUCCUGUACCCAACAUGGUCAAGCAGUAUCUGAGGGAGAACCGGUUCUGACCCGUGUGCCAGCCAGUCACCAGGAGAUGUAAGUUAUUCGUGCAGCUGGCAAGUCCGAUCGGGCUACACGGCAGCAUGGGCCCAUGUGCAAUGUCCAGUGCUACUUGUAGUCCAGGGCUGACCUGGCUAGCGUCAUUGGUAAUUUCCUGUAGACUUGAUCCUGUGCCACGGCACAGUUGCACUAAGCUGCGAGUAACAUUAUACCUGAUCACGAGCACGUUGGUCCAGGAAGCAGUACAGGCUCUGUGUGCGCACAGGAGAUGGCUACCCUCCUCGGCACAGUAUCUUUGUUCCGCACCCACCAUGGCUGAUCAGGUACCUUGGUCCAGUGUAUGCUUUCACUUGGGUUUGCUCUGCUGACGCGCGGAUUUCUCUAUUCUGUGAACCUAUGCUUGCUGCGCUUGGUCGAUUGAUUCGCGACACAAUGGCACGGUUGUCAUAGUGGCAUGUUUGAAUGACGUACUCCUUCUAACCGUUGAUUAUCCGCUGCCACACCGCCGCAACCCCCGCUGCUGCUUGCUUUGCUGUAUUGGUUACAGCUGUACCACUGAGUAACCAGUUGAGUUUUCUUUUGUAGCACUUUGAACACCGCCGCUCCGAUAAUUGCAACAUGGCCGUCUCUACCUUACACCAGUAUUCCAUUUUGGCCUGCUGUCACAGAAUCAGACCCGAUAUCACUUUGUUGACACACCCUCAACCGCCCAAUGCUUCUGCUGCUGCCCUGGAUGGCGUAGCUCCUGGUUUCCGACUUGCACUGCUAGCAACUUGUGACACUGCCCAUAUAGAUUGAAUCCAGUUCCUUUCUGACUUAUCCUAUUGGUCAUUUUUACCACAUAUUUUUUCUCUUUUCCUCUUGAUUUAAUGUGUUUGCCAGUUUCCCCCUCUAAAACAACGUGCUUGGGCAAUCGCAGCAGCCCACCGGUGCUGCACCUGCCGGGGUCAACCUGCAGGUUUCCAGAGGCUGCAGUGCUGUUAUUUACUGUAAGGAAAAGAGUCUAUUGAAUCUAUCAGUUUUGCUGCUCCAUGAUAUUCCGAUUAGCAAUAAAGUGACAAUCAAUCCGCG